AUUUCAGGUUUAAUAUAACAUAUCAUAUCAUGCUUUUUCUCUGCACCUUCUCAAAUCAUCAACAGUAGAAAAAGAAGAAGACAUGUCAGGACACAAAUGCAGUUAUUCCUGGGAGCUGCAGGACCGGUUUGCUCAAGAUAAGUCAGUUGUCAAUAAGAUGCAACAGAAGUAUUGGGAAACAAAGCAGGCCUUUAUCAAGGCCACAGGGAAGAAGGAAGAUGAGCAUGUUGUUGCCUCUGAUGCAGACCUGGAUGCCAAGCUAGAGUUAUUCCAUUCAAUUCAAAGAACCUGUUUGGACUUGUCUAAAGCAAUUGUACUCUAUCAAAAGAGAAUAUGUUUCUUGUCUCAAGAAGAAAAUGAACUGGGAAAAUUUCUCCGAUCCCAAGGCUUCCAAGAUAAAACCCGAGCAGGAAAAAUGAUGCAAGCCACAGGCAAGGCCCUCUGCUUUUCUUCCCAGCAAAGGUUGGCUUUGCGAAACCCUUUGUGUCGAUUUCACCAAGAAGUAGAGACUUUCAGACAUCGGGCCAUUUCUGAUACCUGGCUGACCGUGAACCGCAUGGAGCAGUGCCGGACAGAAUAUAGAGGGGCGUUAUUAUGGAUGAAGGACGUGUCUCAGGAACUUGAUCCAGACCUCUACAAGCAAAUGGAGAAGUUCAGGAAGGUUCAGACACAAGUACGCCUUGCAAAAAAAAACUUUGACAAAUUGAAGAUGGAUGUGUGUCAGAAGGUGGAUCUCCUUGGAGCAAGCAGAUGCAAUCUCUUAUCUCACAUGCUAGCAACAUACCAGACAACCCUGCUCCACUUUUGGGAGAAAACAUCUCACACCAUGGCAGCCAUCCAUGAGAGCUUCAAAGGUUAUCAACCAUAUGAAUUUACAACGCUAAAGAGCUUACAAGACCCUAUGAAAAAGCUAGUUGAGAAAGAAGGCAAAAAGAGCCCACCGAAGAAGGAAAACCCAGAGGCUGUGGCCCAGGAGCCGAAGCAAUUAAUUUCUUUGGAGGACGAGAACCAGCACAAAGAAUCCUCCACUUGUAAGGAGGUGUUAAAUAGCAACGCUUCCGUAGCACGGAGCUGCACCAGCAAGCAUUCCCCACCACACACAGCCAGACCUUCCUGGAAUGAGGCUCGCAGUCAACAGGAGAAGCAGAUGGGAGCAACUGCUCCCAUCUCCAACUGUAGCAAAGUUGCUGAAGAUGGUAAAAGUAUCUUGCCUUCUGUAGACAAAAGCUCUGCAACUGAUGCAUGCUCAGGACCAAUAGGUGAACUAUUAGACAUGAAACCUAAAGAAGCUUGCCUGGGUCCCAUAGCAGGGACCCCAGAACCAGAAGGUGGUGACAAGGAUGACCUGCUGCUGUUGAAUGAGAUCUUCAGUGCUUCCUGCCUGGAUGAAGGAGAGUUCAGCCGAGAGUGGGCUGCCGUGUUUGGAGAUGACCGACUAAAGGAGCCAGCACCCGUAGGGGCCCAGGGAGAGCCAGACCCCAAGCCCCAGCUAGGCUCUGGAUUCCUUCCUUCACAACUUUUAGACCAAAACAUGAAAGAUCUCCAGGCCUCUCUUCAAGAGCCUGCCAAGGCUGCCUCGGACCUGACUGCCUGGUUCAGCCUCUUUGCUGACCUCGACCCCUUAUCAAAUCCUGAUGCUGUUGGGAAAACCGAUAAAGAACAUGAAUUGCUCAAUGCAUGAGUCUGCAACCUUCAACAGGGAGCCCUCAGGCCACUCCGCAGCACCUGAUCCAGGGCUUGCAGAAGUCUAACUUGCUCAGUAUGCUGUUUUAAUAUUUCCGUGCCAUUUUAAUAAAAUGAGAGGGUCAAGGCCCUGUUUCUA